UUAUUAAUCAGAAACAGUCUCUAAAUCUCAGUUCUUCCAUGAGAGGAGCUGACCGACUGACAGCAUCUGAAAUGAACAAAUGUUCAUCCAGAAACAGAUCUUAUCAGCCUCCCGUUACAGUGUGUGUGUGUGUGUGUGUGUGUGUGUGUGUGUUUGGCCUAUAAAGUGGAUAAUCCCAGCUCCAGUCUGACUGGCUUCAUAGGAAAUGUUAUUAGAAGUGAAAUCAGCAGGAGGAAAACCUGUUUCCUGUUUAACUGUCUGACAGCUUAUAGCCCUAUAGGUGUCACAUUAACUGUAUGAUGACAAUUAUUGUGUUGAUAAAUAGCAGAGUGAUCUACAACAAUUUAAUUAUAGAAUUAAUAAACACUUACAGAGUGAAGUGGUAGUGCCCUGGUCUUCAUGUUAGCCUAUAUAUUUAUAUUUAUCUUAUGGUAGCACAAAAGAAAAAUACCAUAAUAACACUAUAAACACUAAUAGAUAUUAUAGGAUUAUUAUAGGAACAUAAGAGAUAAAUAGCAUUUAGUAGCCACUACAGGCUACACAGACUGUUUUCUAUGGGUAAAUAUAUUGUUUCUGUGUUCUAUUAGUUCAUGAUGAACACACGGAAACCCCUUAGGAAUAACGCUGAUGCACAUUAAAAGACUGCUAAGACUCAGACUCAUUGAGUCCCUAGAGGAAUAUUAUAGAAUUAUUAUAGGAAUAUUAUAGUGACACGAAAGUUCAUUAAAUGAUGUUAGAUUUUUCGGAGAAAUAGUUCAUUGGUGAAUGCCAGAUAGGAAUUGAUUGUUAUUAAGAUUAAUGGUGAAUUUCUCUAUAUAGACUGUAGACAACACAUAUAUUUGUCAGUUCUUGGUGUAAGAGGCACUCAGGCCUCCAGAUUUACAUAAAAAAAACAAAUAAAAUAAAGGACUUAAUAUGAAUUACACCAAUUAAAUUGUUUCUUCAGCAGUCUCUGUAUUCCAGGUUAUACGGCGAAUUAACACAUUGAAAACACUCCUGUGCAGCGCGCCUGUCUAUUAUGUUGCAUUUAUUAUUCUAUCGGCCCACUUUGCGCGCACUUUGAUUAAGUGUUUGGCGCUGUGACGGUGACAGAGGCUUUGAACCACUUUUCUCCCGCAGCCAGGUGAUGAAAGUCCGGCUGAUCAGGCGGAAUGCGGAGUAAUUAAAGCCUAUAAAUUAUCCGCCGGGAGCUUCUCUCUCACAGAGAGAUAAGAGCACGCUUUUCCAGAGAUGGCCUGGAAAACAAUACCAGCUGACAAUGGUUGCUAUAGCGCAGAAAGGAGGAGAAAACAUUGGAGGUGGGGUGUGCAUCAAACGUGGAGGUGAAAUAUGAAAAUGUGUGCAGCUGCAGGCCUAUUCUCCAUGAUGACACUGUGUGUGUGUGUGUGUGUGUGUGUGCUUGUGUGUGCUUGUGUGAGAGAGAGAGAGGCCCAAAAUGCCCUGUAGGUUACAUCAAAAAUUCACUGUGGGCUACAUAAAAGCACCACUCUCUAAGAUUUUUGGAUGCAGGACGCUUAAGUUUAUGGGAAGUCAUUUCAAAAGAAAAUUGGCCAAUUCGGGAAUCAUAGUGUAAAUAUUGUUGUUUUGUACGCAAGGCCCGUCUGUCCCACAGUGCCUACCCAGUUAAAAGUAAACCAUCUAGAGGUGAGCAGUUGAAUUCCAUCCAAAAAUCACCAGCAGAAAGCCACGGGGAUGGUGUGUGUGAGGGUAUUUGUGUAAUUCUUCUCGUGCUCUCUCAUGGCUGUAUAAAAUUUAACAGAUACACCGUAACAAGGCUGAAGGCGCGGGGCAGUGAUAAUCUCUUGUUGGGUUUCUCUCCGAGUGCUGAAUGCUGCUCACUGCUCCACAGCUCCCCUUUUUGCUCCGAGACGCCUGACAUUAUUGGACAUCGUCACCCCAUGUCCAAAAGUGUCCCGGCCGAUGAUUGGCCCGCUGGGCUUUGGCUGUUAUUCAUGCGCCUCCGGUUGGUGUGUGUGUGUGUGUGUGUGUGUGUGUGUGUGUGUGUGUGUGUGUGUGUGUGUGUGUGUGUGUGUGUGUGUGUGCGGACAUGGUAAUAUGAUGUGAGGACUUUGUGAAGAUCCGACUGUCAUACAGCGAUGAAAAGCUCUGGGUGUGUGAGAGUAGUGCGCAAUAGCAACCUUAGCCAGUCUUAUAGUAAGUCACCGACCAUGACGCGCCGGAGCGCCUUUACGCAAGCAGGAUGUCCACAGUUUGCGAAUAAUUACACCAACCAGCAAUAUUCCGGAGAAAAAAUAAGUAUGUUUUAGUGCUUGCUGUUGUCACAUUUUGGAUACAAGGCUACAGGCCCACAAAGUGGAAGUGGAUUGAGAGAACAGAAGCCACGUUCUUCAGAGAAGCAGCGAUGGAGGAGCAGCGGGAUCUGAACGGCACGGAUAGCAGCGAGGGAGAGAGCGUCUCCCCGUCUCUCAGCCUGCCCUCGCCGCCCAUACUGCCUCUGCAGGUCGCCCAGCAGGCCCACAGAACCACCAACUUUUUCAUCGACAACAUUUUGCGGCCGGACUUUGGCUGCAAGAAGGAACACGGCCUGGUCCCGCGGGAGAGGGCGCAGACCUCCGGCCGGGAGCGCGUCCACUCUGUGGUCAGCAGACCGAGCCUUCCUGGGACGCCGUGCCAGGACUCCAACUGCAGCACUGACAGCACUUCGUCCUCCGCCUCCUCCACCUCUUUGCCGAGUCCCAAAAAGAGCAACGGCAGCGGCGGAGGAACUGCAGCCGCCGUUGUCUCCACCGGGAGCAGCAGCGUGAAAGCCGAGGAAAGGACCGGCGGCGGAGCUGGGGAGAACACCUCCUCCUCGCUGGUGGUGCUGAACGGCACCGGGGCACCCACGCCGGAGACCCAGCCGCUACUCUGGCCUGCCUGGGUCUACUGCACCCGGUACUCGGACAGGCCCUCAUCUGCAGGCCCAAGGACACGGAAACUGAAAAAGUCGAAAAGCGGCAAAGAGGACAAGCGGCCGCGCACGGCCUUCACGGCCGAGCAGCUGCAGAGGCUGAAGACCGAGUUCCAGGUGAACCGCUACAUCACGGAACAGCGGCGGCAGUCUCUGGCCCAGGAGCUCAACCUCAACGAGUCCCAGAUCAAAAUCUGGUUUCAGAACAAGCGGGCCAAGAUCAAAAAGGCCAGCGGCUUUAAGAACGGGCUGGCGCUGCAGCUGAUGGCGCAGGGACUGUACAACCAUUCCACCACCACCAUCCAGGAGGACAAGGAGGACAGCGACUGAGGAGCCCGGACUGCGUGCUUUUCACCGCUCUCCUCCACACACACUAUGUACAUUGUAAAUAUAUAAUAUCUAAUUUAAUGAUGAGGAUGGGGAGGGGGAGCUGAGCGGAUCUUCUUCACACGUUUUGUAAGCAUCUCUCCUCUUCUUCAUCACCUUCUCCUCGUCUUCAAAAGUGACUGAACAGCAGAACAGACAGACUGCAGACUCUUGGACUGACCUGCCACCAUAAAACCAAAGAUUUUAUUGGAAAACAGCCUGGACAGUUUCAAACAAUAAAGAAAAAAGCAACAUCCCCCAUUUAGCUUAUUUCUGUUUCCCCUGAGCUGAGAGUGUAAUGGACCCAUCCUCCUCAUCCAACCACACCCAUAAUAAGCCCACACCGGCUGAUGUUUCUGGGAAGUUUCACUUCCCUUCAGCUCAUGCUGCUUUGGUUCUGGAAGGCGCUGCUGCUGCACACACCGCCCCCCCACCACAAACACCAGGAGAACGGCCAGUGGUUUCAUUAGACUUUUGUUUUAUUGAUUUUCUGGACCAACUGACGUCUAAGAGCUGUAAUAAUCCUAUAGUACAUUUUACAGAAAUGCCACACACAUUUUGAAGUGCCAAAAAGAAAAACUAUAGUGAUGAUUCAGGGGAAGAACGUAUGGUACAAGAUUGUCACAAAUUUCUUCUGAGCACGAGAAACGCACUGUAAAUCCCUUCAGGAUUAUUAUUGCAAUACUAUAAUGUCAGGGCCUUAGCUACCACUGUGAAUACUGAGGUUAUGUGUUUGUUUUUUGUUGAAAUUGGGGUUUUGAACAAUUCACAAAAGAGAGUUAACACUACAGUAAAGAAACUACAAUUAAAAAUGUACACAUAAUGAGAAUUGUAUAGCUGAUUCCAGUAUUUUUAGAUACAAAAUAUUUUUAGGCCAAUAAAUAAAUUUGAUAAAUAAAGGACUCUGUGUAGAAUCUUACUCCUGGCAAUGUGGAGAAGGCUUUGACACAAAAUUUACACUGUACAGAAAAUAUAAAUGAAUAACUAACAGGAUAAAUAAAAUGUUUAGAAAAAAGUAGAUUCUUGGGGUGGGGUCAGAAUCAUGACCUCAGUAUUUCUAAAAUCCUGCAUACAGCCUGCACAAACACGCUCAUCCCCAUAAUUAGUAAUAUAGUAAUGUUUUAGUGAUACAACAUUAAAUCUACUUUACAGUGUGAGGUCACCAAUUGAGAGUCAUUCUAAGUUUAUAUAGUCUAUAAUGAUGCUGUAAGACAUAAAUACACAAAGGUAGUCAAAAUCCAUCAAAAGAAGAUGUUAAAUUCUUCACAAUAAUAAGAAAUAUAUAUCAUAUUCCUAUCAUUUCCUGUGUGGUACUAAAUAGCCUCAUGGUUUUAUAGUGAUUCUUCAUCUAACAUUAUGAUUUUUUUGUAAUGCUUCCAUUUGGACCCAGAGUGUAUUUAAACUGUUACUUUAAGGGAAUCUAUAAUAUUCCCACAUUUCAUUUUCACUAUGGUGUUUGUAUAAUAUCCCUCUGAAACUGACUAUAGGAUUACUACAGUUCUUACAGAGAGGAUCUAUACAGAAGGCUUAUACUGUAUACACAAAUAACAAAUUGAGUAUUUGGCCUCUCUUGCGUCAUUUCCUCUUGUUUUGCCUUUGUUUUGGCAGGUAAAGUUGCAGAGGCCUGCUGGCCUGUAGACACACAGCAAACAGCAUCUGACUAUCUGAGAUAUAUGUUAGCUAUUCCCGGAAGAAGAGCGGUGGUGGUGGUGUGUGUGUGUGUGUGUGUGUGUGUG